AGACGCCUCACAAAUCCUCAACUGGCAGCUUCAUUAAGUAGUACCCGCAAAACACCAGUCUCAACGUCAACAGUGAAGAGGUGACUCCGGGAUGCUGGCCUUCUAGGCAGAGUUCCUCUGUCCAGUGUCUGUGUUCUUUUGCCCAUCUUAAUCUUUUAUUUUUAUAGGCCAGUCUGAGAUGUGGCUUUUUCUUUGCAACUCUGCUUUGGCAAUCGACAGGUGAGGAUGGGAUCUUGUUCUCUUCCCUCCUCCUCUUCAGCGGAUCUGUGGGUGUCAACUUUACAGUAUCUUCUGGCGAAGCUCUAGUAAAAAAGGAGACGGGGCCUUCUGCUGCAGUGAUGGAACAGCCAGGCCGUGAUCCAGAGGAGAACAACACCACUGCCAAAGUGGAGAGCAGUGAGAGCCACUCUACAGAGAAAGAUGCUCAGGUAGAGCAGAGAACCGCAGAUAUAGAUACUCCUGCAGAGCAGAGCAACCAGAACCAGGAUUCCUCUUUACCCCCAAAUACAUCAAGUGGUCAGGGGAGCCAGAACUUGGAGGAUCUUGAUACCGAAGCUCUAGUAAAAAAGGAGACGGGGCCUUCUGCUGCAGUGAUGGAACAGCCAGGCCGUGAUCCAGAGGAGAACAACGCCACUGCCCAAGUGGAGAGCAGUGAGAGCCACUCUACAGAGAAAGAUGCUCAGGUAGAGCAGAGAACCGCAGAUAGAGAUACUCCUGCAGAGCAGAGCAACCAGAACCAGGAUUCCUCUUUACCCCCAAAUACAUCAAGUGGUCAGGGGAGCCAGAACUUGGAGGAUCUUGAUACCGAAGCUCUAGUAAAAAAGGAGACGGGGCCUUCUGCUGCAGUGAUGGAACAGCCAGGCCGUGAUCCAGAGGAGAACAACGCCACUGCCCAAGUGGAGAGCAGUGAGAGCCACUCUACAGAGAAAGAUGCUCAGGUAGAGCAGAGAACCGCAGAUAGAGAUACUCCUGCAGAGCAGAGCAACCAGAACCAGGAUUCCUCUUUACCCCCAAAUACAUCAAGUGGUCAGGGGAGCCAGAACUUGGAGGAUCUUGAUACCGAAGCUCUAGUAAAAAAGGAGACGGGGCCUUCUGCUGCAGUGAUGGAACAGCCAGGCCGUGAUCCAGAGGAGAACAACGCCACUGCCCAAGUGGAGAGCAGUGAGAGCCACUCUACAGAGAAAGAUGCUCAGGUAGAGCAGAGAACCGCAGAUAGAGAUACUCCUGCAGAGCAGAGCAACCAGAACCAGGAUUCCUCUUUACCCCCAAAUACAUCAAGUGUGUGCAUCUUGAGCCAGAACUUGGAGGAUCUUGAUACCGAAGCUCUAGUAAAAAAGGAGACGGGGCCUUCUGCUGCAGUGAUGGAACAGCCAGGCCGUGAUCCAGAGGAGAACAACGCCACUGCCCAAGUGGAGAGCAGUGAGAGCCACUCUACAGAGAAAGAUGCUCAGGUAGAGCAGAGAACUGCAGAUAGAGAUACUCCUGCAGAGCAGAGCAACCAGAACCAGGAUUCCUCUUUACCCCCAAAUACAUCAAGUGUGUGCAUCUUGAGCCAGAACUUGGAGGAUCUUGAUACCGAAGCUCUAGUAAAAAAGGAGACGGGGCCUUCUGCUGCAGUGAUGGAACAGCCAGGCCGUGAUCCAGAGGAGAACAACGCCACUGCCCAAGUGGAGAGCAGUAAGAGAGGCUCUGAAGAGGAAGAUAAGGAUGGAGCUGUAGAGCCCCAGAUUCCACUCCUCAUCACAGACCAGAGGGCUACUAAAGAAUGUGAAUACCCAUCCUCUUUUUCUACAGGUUCUGUGACCAUUUUGAUGCUUCUAGUGUUGCUGGUGGCUGUGGCUGUGAGCUUCAUCACUGAGUCUCGCCCUGAGAACACAGUGUUCAACCGAACAGAGACCUUCCACAGAGCGUUGAAGAAGGUGGAGGUGGCUUUCCCUGGGCAGCGGUCUGAGCUGUGGAGGAGGAGCAGGAUCCACCUGGAGAGGCACCUCCAGACGACCCGGCCCACGGAGCCAGUCAGCCUGAUGCUGACAGCAGGCCGCAGGGGGGAGAAGACGCUGCACUGCCUUGCCCUGCAGCUGGCCUCCGCCUUCUCCUCUGCCCUCAACACCUCGUCCAUCCUCCACAUCGACGGGGCCAGCAAGGCUGGCCAGGACAGCGACCAGGUCAAGCUGGACAUCGACACCCAGCUGGGGGAAGCCUUCGAGGGGGACCAGCCCGUAGCCGUCAUCCACCGCUUUGAGGAGCUGCCCCCGGGUUCCACGAUCAUAUUCUACCGCUACUGUGACCACGAGAAUGCAGCCUACAAAGAGGCCUUGCUCAUAUUCACCGUGCUGCUGGGGGGUGAGGAGGAGCUGCCGGCCAGCCUGGGACUGAGUGCCGUGGAGGAGAUGGUGGAUGACCACCUGCAGGACAAGUUCCUCUCCUCUGACCAGCCGGCCGCCUUUGACUUGAUGGACCUGGACAAGUUCAGUGGUCUGUGGAGCCGCAUCUCUCACCUGGUCCUGCCAGUGGCAGCAGAGGAGAGGAUAGAGCAGAGGGGCUGUGUCACAAUUCCAUAGGGAGUUGAGCAGGAAGACUGGCACCCAAACUAACCUUCUAAUACUCCAAUCAAACAACUAUAUGAAACUUCUAUCAUCAUCAUCAGUUGUGAUGUUUUAAUGGUCACAGCACACAGGGACGUGAAUAGAACAGCAAUGGUUGACCACUUGCCACUUUAUAAGUUUAUAAGUCUACUACAAAAGGCAGAGCCAAGAAGGAGAAAAGAAAAUGCACACCCAGAGAGACAUUGCAGUAAUGUAGUAAUUAGUGAUCAGGAAGACACUGCAGGGUGUGUAUUGUAUGUAUGAGAUUGGGUUAAUAAUGAAGGAUGUGAUUAUUAUGAGUCUGUUUACUCUCAUAUUUUAAUGAUCCUAUAUAUGUCUAUAGAAGAGGUGUGUGUGUGUGUGUGUUUUGAUGUUGUAACCAGGGCUUUACUUUGUCAGGAUUACCCAGAUUGCCUCACCUGUCAAGGACUUUGGCGAGAACAAUGUGCCUUAAAUGGAAAUAAAAAAAUAUGGGGAAUGUG